UCGAACCAAAGAGAUAGAAUUGGGCCUUUCUUUAUCAUUCCCAUGGGAACCAGAGUGGCAGAGGGAGUGCGGGAAGGAAGAAGUCCGCCCGAGGUUGUGAUCGCAAUGGAAGAAACCCUAGCGGAGCAGGAGGACAGGAACCUUAACUCCGACUCUUCUUCAUCCUCUUCCGACGACGAUGACGAGGCCGCGGAGGACCUACGGAUCAAAACCCUAGAGAAAUCCCUCGCUGAGAAUCCCUUCGACUACGACACCAACGUCCAGUACAUUCAGUGCUUGCGGAAGUUUGGACGUCUAAAGCAGCUGCGGCAGGCGAGGGAAUCGAUGAACGAGCGGUUCCCCUUGAGCUCAGAGAUGUGGCAGGAGUGGAUAAAAGAUGAAGUCUCAUUGUGCACGAGAACAUUUUUAAACAGUUCUGAAGCUUUCACUGAAGUUGAGAAGCUUUACGAACGUGCUGUGCAAGAAUAUUUGUCUGUACCUCUAUGGUGUGAUUAUAUAAAUUUUGUUCAAGAACAUGAUGCUUCAAUAUCUCGAUGUUCACCAGAUGGUGUUUCAAAGAUGAGACAGUUAUUUGAGCGUGCUCUUACUGCUGCUGGGUUGCAUAUCAUUGAAGGCAAUAAAAUAUGGGAGGCAUACAGAAACUUUGAACAAGCUAUAUGUCUAAUUAUGGGUGACAAUGAGAAUGAGGAAAAAGAAAAACAAACUCACCGUGUUCGGAAUCUAUAUCAUCGCCAAUUAUCUGUUCCUUUGGUUGAUUUAAGAUCAACACUAAGGGAUUAUAAGCUUUGGGAAGCUGAACAAGGGAAUCAUAAUGACGCAAACUCUGAGUUUGAUGGUGUUCCUACAAAUAUUAUUUCUGCUUAUAAAAAAGCAAUUGAAGUUUAUAAUGCUCGUAAGCAAUAUGAAGAACAAAUUUCUAAUCAUGAUGCAUCUGAUUCUGAGAGGCUUCAACAGUUCAUGAACUAUAUAAAGUUUGAGGAAUCUUCUGGAGACCCUGCACGUGUUCAAAUCUUGUAUGAGCGUGCUGUUGCACUGUUUCCAAUAUCUAGUGACUUAUGGCUACGGUAUUCUAGUGAUUUGGACAGAACCUUGAAGGUUCCUGCCAUUCUGAGAAGUGUAUAUUCUAGAGCCACAAAGAAUUGUACAUGGGUUGGUGAACUAUGGGUUCGUUACUUGCUCUCUUUGGAACGUCUUCAUGCAUCAGAGAAAGAGCUAAGUAAUGUCUUUGAGCAAGCUAUACAAUGUGCUUUUCCAAACUACAAAGAGUAUCUGGAUCUAUUUCUCACUCGAGUGGAUGGCUUAAGACGAAGGAUGUCUUUGGUUGGCUCUAAGGAGGAUGGGUUAGACUAUGUCCUUAUAAGAGAAACAUUUCAGCGUGCUACAGAGUUCUUAUUGCCAGAGUGUCUGAGUACAGAUGAUCUAUUGCAUCUGCAUUCGUAUUGGGCAAGAUUAGAGGUUAAGCUUGGAAAUGAUAUCGUUGCUGCUCGUGGGGUAUGGGAAAACUUGCUCAAGAAAAGUGGAUCUAUGCUGGAAAUUUGGCUGUCAUAUAUCUCGAUGGAAAUUGAAUUGGGUCAAAUAAAUGAGGCAAGGUCAAUUUACAAGAGAUGCUACAGUAAAAGGUUUUCAGGAACAGGUUCGGAGGAUGUAUGCCAUUCCUGGUUGCGGUUUGAAAGGGAACACGGCACCUUGGAUGACUUUGAUCUUGCCCAGAAAAAGGUGGCACCACGACUACAAGAGCUCAUGGCAUUCAACAAUCAACAGGAGACCAAAGUUGACCUUGCAUCGGUUGUCAAUAAAGAUGGUUCUCCUGCAGCCAAUGCACCACAAAAGAGGAAAAUAGGUAAAGCACUGGAAGUUAAACAGCCUCCUGGAAAGAGAAAGAAAUAUACAUCUGAACCUGUGCAAGCAUCUAAAAGAGACUCUAUAAGAGCACCAGAACAGAUUAAACUUGCUGAGGAAACAGAUAAAGGACAAGUGGAGAAAUUGCUGGACACAGAUGCAGCCAACAAUCAAUCCGUGGGAACUUCAGAAUCUAGGGAAUCCAAGCCUAAUCACUACAAUGAUGAGUGCACUGCAUUUAUUUCAAAUCUCAGCGUUGAGGCAAAUGAGGACCACCUACGUGAAUUCUUCAGGGACUGUGGAGUUACUGCUAUACGAUUGUUAAAAGAUAGAAAAACAGGCGGACCAAGGGGGUUAGCAUAUGUAGAUUUUUCAGAUGAUGAACAUCUUGCAGCAGCUGUUGCAAAGAACAAGCAGAAGCUGCUUGGGAAGAAAUUAAGCAUUGCACGGUCAGACCCAAAACAUAGCCAAAAGAGAAUCCUAGAUGGUAGCAAGACAUCAGCAGCCCAUGGUGUGCUAAUUGGUAAAAGGUUUGCGAGAGGUAACAGUAUCAGGAAAGAAGAUGAGUCUGAAGCCACCAUUGUGGAUAAGCGUGGUAGUAGUGGGAAGUUUACUGGGAGUGUCACGUUUGCUGCACCAAGAGCUCUUGUGAAGCCCCUUGGAUGGACUAAAAGGGAAGCAAAGCCUGAUCAAGAUAAUGAGAAGCCAAAGUCAAAUGAUGAGUUCAGAGACAUGCUCCUCAAGAAGUGAAGACCUUUUCACGGGAACGGAAUCAGAUUGAAGCCCUAUUUGAUGAACUUCUGGGGGGAGUACAAGAAAGCUGACAAAAGCAACUUGCAAGAGAUAUCCAGAAAUGGGGAUAGAAUGAGCUAGAAGAAGAUACUUAAAAGCACAUAAUCUUUCCUACUAAUGCAAAAUGUUUCCAUAUGUAAUGGCAUAUAGAAACUAUCGAAAACAAACUACUUUAAUUUGUAUUUUGGUUGCAACUAGUGGAUUGGACCAGAUUCAUAUAUUCUUCCUACGGGUAAAAUUAUUUUCCAGUGAUUGGUAAACAAGUCAUAAAGGCAGCUUUU